GCUGAGCAUUCGAGGCAGUCGGUUCGUUCGGCACGUUGCGUCUAGAUCGAGAUUUCAUCCGAUUUGUGUGUGCGUUAUGCGCCUCUGUAUUAUUGGCACUGGCAUCUGUUGGAUUGCUCUGUAAAUUGGCCAUGUGAGAGGGCGAAGCAUCUUACGCUACGAAACUUGUCUCCAUGCCCUCGCUUCGUUCAGUUUAAGCAUGCAAUUGUGACUCAUUGGCAAAAAGUAAAGAGAAAUAAAUAAAAUUUAAGAAAGAAAUACGUCCGAAAACUUGAAGCGUCGAGCAUUUAACCAAUAUUUCACACCAGAGCCAAAAUGGGCUUCUCCACGGCCCUGCAGGGCCGCGCCGCUCACGAGGCGCUAAUCGUGCGCCAAGACGCGGAACUGCGUCUCAUGGAGACAAUGAAACGAUCCAUCCAAAUGAAGGCCAAAUGCGACAAGGAGUACGCAAUCGGCUUGAUAGCCGUCGCUCAACAGGGUCUCAAAAUUGAUCGGGCUGAUGAAAUGCAAGGUAAGCCAAGCUCCCUGCACUCUCCCCAAUACAA